UGGACAGUGGAUAAAGGGACCUCGCCUCUAAUGGGCCACCUCCAGCUGCAGUGAGCUGGAUCCCUCCGCUCGGUCAGUCAGCGCUCCCCCUCCGUCUCCCAAGAGCGUCUUGCCAUGGCCCCUAAGAAGAAGGAAGAGCCUAAACCUGCAGCACCAGUGGCCCCAAAACCACCAGAGCCUGAGCGCCCCAAGACCCCGGAAUUUGACCCCACAUCAGUGACGCUGGAGUUCACCCCUGAGCAAAUCGAGGAUUUCAAAGAUUCCUUCCAGCUGUUCGACAGGACUCCGGCCAAUGAGAUGAAAAUCACUUAUGGACAGUGUGGCGACCUGAUCAGGGCUCUGGGCCAGAAUCCCACGAAUGCAGAGAUCAUGCACGUCCUCGGAAAACCCAAGCCCGAAGACAUGCAGACCAAGAUGCUUGACUUUGACCAGUUCCUUCCUAUUCACCAGCACAUUUGCAAGGCCAAGGACCGCGGAACAUUUGAGGACUUUGUGGAGGGUCUGAGGGUGUUUGACAAGGAGGGGAACGGCACCGUCAUGGGAGCUGAGCUCCGGCAUGUGCUGGCAACACUGGGUGAGAAGAUGAGCGAGAACGAGGUGGAGCAGCUGAUGCAAAACCAAGAGGAUCCCAACGGGUGCAUUAACUAUGACGCUUUUGUAAAAUACAUUAUGGCGUCUUAAAAAAGUGAACAUGUCUUUUUUUCAAGCGUAUCGUCACGGUGGUGCUGUCUCACUCUGCCUCAUGAAAUCAAUAUGAGUGAGAAAUUAAUUAAUGUCUCGUUCGCUAAUUAAAACCAAGACCCUGAAUUAUUGACCGCAGAAGAUUUUCAUGUUUCUGUGAAUCCCGUUGUGUAUAUUUCUCAUUUCCACGCUCCUCGAAUUGAUCUAUAACUCAUCAAUAUUGUACCUUCUUUUUCUUAGACUGCUUGUAUAGAUGGGGUGCAAACAUUGCAAAAUGACCCUGUUCCCACUGAAGAUUAUGCAAAAUAAAUAAACUAAUUAAAAAAAAACCUA